UCAGGUCCUGCAGCUCAACGCCAAGCCCCCAGCAUCCAGAAUGGACCCUCGCCAGAUGAAAUGGAAAUACAAAGGAGGCAAAUGAUGGAGCAGCAACAGCGCCAAGAAACCUUGGAAAGGAGGACUUCAACCACAGUUUCUACCCUUCAGAUAAAUGUAUCUUCCUCUCCUUCCCACUGCCAGUCUCCUCCUCCUGACUAUAGUAACUACGGAGCCGCUUCUGCCUCUGGUGCCUUCCCGCCACCCUCUUAUGCCAAGGUUAUCUCUACAGCUUCUCCUGCUGCUCCCGGACCCAGUUAUAAAGCCGCUAAAAAGCCCCCCAGCAGAAGCGGCGAUUCCCCCGAGUUCCUGCACAGCCAGUCCGGAAUUGAGCCUUCUGCAUCCCAAGGUUCUGCCUUUUCUCCGGUACGGCCGAGCAACGGGACUCUGUCACGAAGCGUCAAACAGAUCUCCUUGUCCCCACCGCCUGUUUCCGGCACCCCUUCGCCCAUAGCUUCUCAUCAGUCUGUCAGGUCUCCAUUUGUGACCUAUUCCUCCCGCUCUUCCUCUCCUGCUGUGUCAAUGGUAUCACCCGUCUUCAACCAAAGUGUGUCUCCAAUUCCGACGACGCUUCCUAUGAUUCCUGAUCCCCAGAAUGUCAGGAUGAAAGGAGGCCCAGACAAAACGGUCCAAAAACCCUACAUACCUCAGCUAGGCCUAGAUGACCAAGGAGAAGAUCCACAAGCCCCUAAGAUUCCAUUGAGCUCCCCGAGAUCGCACUUUAAGGUCGCUGAUCGUUCCUUCCUGUCCUGCUUAGAAACUGUGCCUCUAGCUCAAAUGCCCGUCAUCGCCACCCCUGCCGGAACCCUCACCUCCGCCUCUGCUCAACUUUUCCAUCCUUCCUCCCAUGCUUCGCAGCUGUCAUCACACUUUGUCUCACUACCUCCUCCUUAUGCUGCUGUAUCUGAUGUGAAUUUGUCCAAGAGGACCACGCAUUACUUGACCUCAUCCGCCAUUUCCCAAUUGAGACCCAUGGUUCCUCCUGGUCACCCUUCAUCCACCAAUAUGGUAGCUUCAGUCGGGGUUGCACCUGUGCCAGCUAGUGGGCCUCCACCUCCGCCGCCACCCGGUCCUCCACCACCAACAGGAGCUACGCCUCCACCUGCCCCUCCCCUGCCAGCCGGAGGAAGCCAAGGAGGGGUGGUGUACGAAGACAGUCCAGCAUCCGGGCUGGCUGCAGCUCUGGCCGGUGCCAAACUGAGGAAAGUACAACGGCCAGAAGAUGUUUCAGGAAGUUCUAGUCCCUGCGCGGCUUCUAAAACUGAUGCCAAUCGAACAAGCAGUGGUGGAGGUGGAGGAGGUUUAAUGGAGGAGAUGAAUAAACUGCUGGCGAAAAGAAGGAAAGCAGCUUCACAGUCAGAAAAACCCGGAGACAAAAAAGAAGAGGAAUGCCAAAAUGACGAUGCCAGUCUUUCAUCUUCUCCCAAUACUCGAGGUCCCACACCUCAGAAUUCUGCAGACUUGGGGAAAAAGCCGUGGGAAAGGAGUAAUUCAGUUGAAAAGCCCGUCCCCUCAUUACUCUCCAGAACCCCUCCAGUGGUGAAGAGCCCAGAAGCUAAGAGCCCCAUACAAUCUCAGCCACCCUCUAGGAUGAAGCCUGUAAACAGCAGCAACGACGUAUCAUCGGACGCCUUAGACUUUGACAGAAUGAAACAAGAAAUACUAGAGGAAGUCGUUAGAGAGUUACAUAAAGUCAAAGAAGAGAUAAUUGAUGCGAUAAGGCAGGAGCUGAGCAGGAUCAGUACAACAUAAUGAUGGAAGAGAACUCUGCGUUCUGGGAAUGUACAGAAGAGUCCGAGAGCGUCCGCGGAGCUGAGUGUUGGAACGAUCAUUAACAGAAGGACAGCACUUCCACUCUGACCCCCUUCUCCUUAGCAGACACACUUUGAAGCUUGCCGCCUUGGAUUUGCUUAUAAGUCUUACCAUGAAAGGAAAACAAAAUUCAAAACAUUUUACAUUUGAUUUUUCUUUUUUUUUACAUUUUUAGACUUCAUCUGACAUUGCACACAAAAGAUUCGUCAGCCUUUUUUUUUUGUAUGAUAUAUUUGCUUAUUUAAAUGUAUUAUUUUCCAUUUGGUAGUGAUCUAAAGAAGAAAAAAAGUGAGCCAUUUGCUUUUUAUUAGGAUGACUUCUUCAAAAGUACUUUUUUUCUGGUAGCCUGA